AGCACAACCUGUUCAGUGGAGCUUGGGAACGAUUUGCUUCAUUGAGCAUCCACCCUGUCUCACUUUAUCUUGUUGGCAUGGAAAGAGGAGCCUUUCUAUCAAAGCAGCUCCGCAUAAAGGGGCUUUAAUUAAGAGUAUGACACACUGUUUAACAGAUGAUUAAGUGAGUGGGAAUAGAUGUAAAAGUCAAUGAAAUCCGCAUCAUAUGGAGGGUUCCAUGUUUGGAUAAAAGGCACGUUCUAUGUCUAAAGCGCGGGAAAGGUAAAGCUCCAGUUUUUGAUUGACAAAGAGCUGCAACUCAAAGUAUCCCGAACGAAACCGGGGUCUUUUAUUCAGGAGUCUUCAAGGCACAAUGACUGGAUUUCGCCCCCUCCUGUGAGCCUCCAAUUCAAAGAGCUGCAGCCAAUCAGCAGCCUCUGCUCAUUGUGUACAAACAGAGCACCGUGCGCGCUGCAGCCUUUAUAUCCCCCUGAAGCUCUGAGAAGACCAGCACACACUUCAGGAAGACAGCAACUACAGCUUCCCCUAAAAUUACAGAAAUACUUUUCCACCAAAACUCCACAAGAACCAUCCUCAAGAUGAAUCCCAUUAGGGGCAGAGAGUCCGUCUGCAGGAAUCUGUUCGGCUCGGUGGACCAGGAGCAGCUGCGCAGGGACUUAAAGCAGAGGCUGAGAGAGAUCAUGGACCAGGACAGCCGCCGCUGGAACUUUAACUUCCAGACUGACACGCCGAUGUGUGGCAGGUUUCAGUGGGAGGAAAUCCCCGCAGAUUGCGCUGCUGCUGUUUACCAUGAGUCUGCACAGCUGAAGGAGAAAUCUGUCUGCUCCCACAGCACUGAGGAGGAUGACAGGUUGAGCGCCUGCGAAGAAAGUGCAAAGACCGACCAGGAGAAUUGCUCCAGUAUCUCCAACACGCGCAAGAGUCCCGCUGAGGUAACGCCGAUCAGGAGGAAGAGGACGCACUCAAAGUCUGCAGCUAUUCCCAGAAACAACACAAAAAUAACAGAUUUCUUCACAAAGAGGAGGAGGUCCACAGAAACAAAGAUCAUCCUGAAUCCUUUCCUCACAAGUUCCAGGGAAGCAUCUCUGUGCAAAACAAUAAGAUGAACGUGCUCGGGAAAAUGGACAAUUCAUGUUUAAUGGCCUUAGUGGACUAAGCCAAAGCCUACUCACUGCACCAAAGGAUUUGAUUUGAUUUGAUCUUAUCUUAUUUUUGUUAUUUUAUUUCAUGUGACUUUGUGUUAUUUUAUUUUGUUGUUAUUGAAGUCCCAAUGAACUGUGCUGCAACAACACCACUUGGUGAUAUUUAUUUAUUUAAUUUAUGAACUUUUAUUUAAUUUCUCUGUAGUUGUUCAUGCAUUUGUUCAGUAUUUUAUUUUAUUUUUGUCUCUGUUUCAUCUUUAUUUUUAAUCUUGUUGCAUUUCUAUUUUAGCUUCUUCUGAAAAGCUCUAUGUUGUCCUUGUCAUGUUUGCCCAAAAUAAACGAGAUGCAGACCAAAAAGCUUGUAUGUCUACAAAUAUAACAAGCCAAUAAACCCUUUUUUGUUUGCUAACUGAA